AUGGACCUGUCCAGCCGCCAGGAAGGUCCGAGGCCGUUCCGCUCGAGGCGCGAUAGACCGUGCGAUGCCUGUCGAGGACGCAAGAUAGCGUGUCGCAUCGAGACGUCGCCGCCGUGCGCGUUCUGCGAGAGUCGCGGGAGCACCUGCACGUUCCAGAACGGGCCGAACAACAAGAGACGGCGAGUUUUCUCGCAUUCGCAUUCUCUGCCAAACAACCAUUUUCUGCCGCAGCAACAGCAGCAGCCGCUGGCCGAGGGGCGCCUAGCGUCGAUCCCCCCUCAGAGCUGGGAGGAUUUCAGCGUCGAGGCGUUUGACAGCACCAUCUUCGACAGUCUCGAUCUCGCCGAGGACGGGAGUCCUCCGUUUCAGAGCCAGGGCCAGAGUCAGAGGUCUCCUCUCCCGCAGCCGUCCGCCUCGGAUGGACGAAACGCAAGUACAAGCCCGCGGCAUUUCCAGCCGCAGAGCCUGCGCCCGUCUUCCGGGGAUGCCAGGUAUCACGACUCGGGCACGCUGCACCGAUCCCAGAUCCCGCCGGAUACAGGGCACUUGAACCGGCAUGUGAUGAUGGAGUUGAUGAGAGGCAGCAGCAGCACCAAUCCGCUCGAAAUCUCCCGGGUUCGCCUGAGAAGCACGCGAGACCACAAUGACGACCAGUCGUCCGGCGAUGGUGGUCCGCAGAUAUUGAUGGUGAGAGAGGAUCCGCCGUUUCUGGUCAACAGCAAGUCGUGUAUGGAACGUGCCUCGUGGCCAGAUAUCGAGGCUCUGCUCGUGAGAAAGCAGCGCGAUGAACUCCUCCGACUGUAUUUUCGGUUCGUGCAGCCUUUAUUUCCCGUUCUCCAACAGCAUGACGGGUUCAACAAUGACAUUCACUGCGACCCUCCGCAGGACACGGCGUCGCUCGCUCUGUUUGCAUCGGUAUACGCCACAGCUCUGCCGUUUGCCAUACACAACGACUACCUGAGUGCGACACUGACCGAUGCAAACGGUAAACGCGAGCAGCUUUACAGAAUCGCGAUCGCAGCUUUGCUGGAGGAGGCUAAUUCGCCUUCUAUUGAAGCCUUACAAGCAUGUCUGCUUUUGCUGCAGAAAGGCCCGACGAUCCAGCACCAGGGGCUGACACCGAUGUAUUCGUGGCUCUCGUCCAUCGCCAGCACGAUUGCCAGAUCCCUCGGCCUGCAAUAUGACUGCAGCGGAUGGAAUAUACCUCUGGCAGAGAAGCAGCUUCGCAGACGACUGUGGUGGGCGACAUUCACUAUGGAUAUCUGGGUCAGCGUGGACUCGCCUGGAGGACGAUCGAUCGGGCUCGACGACUACGACGUGCCUCUGCCAAAGUCCGCGGACGGCAUGUCUGACGACCACGAUGCUGGAAUGGGACACAGCAACGAGUUUGAGCGGCUUGUCCUUCUAACACACCUCCUGGCCCAGAUCCACGGGACGUACUACACGAUCCGCGCGGCGAAGCAGACUUUGUCCGACUUAUUCAAAUCGCUCGAGUUCGCCCGCCCCCUACGCUCCGCGCUCAGCGACUGCAGACAGAGUCUGAAAGCUGAUCUCCCGCUCAACUCUGGCGACGAGACCCCCGGGAUGAGCGCAUCCGUGCACCUCGCCGCGUGCGUUGUGUCGAUCGUUCUCUUCCGCGCGCUCCUGCGGCCUGUCCAACACGGUAACACUAGUGAAUCUCCCAUAGAUAGCAGCUACAAGUCCGCCGCAUCCGCCGUCGUGACCGGCUCGAUCAACUGUGCCAGAGAAGCCGUCGAACUGCUCGAGACCAUGGUGAGCAUGAUCGGUCCGUGGAACGCGUUUUGGCACUCGUGGUCGCAAGGCAACUUUGCCAUUGUCAGCACGUUCCUUGUGCAGUUGCUCCUCAUGACUGAGACGGGUGGCGCGGCGCGGGCGGAGGUGAGCGAGCUGAUUUCGCGCUGGAAGCGUGCUAUUCGCGUCGUGGCCGGGAGUGGUGGCUGGGGGAGUUCGCUGAUGGGCAUGGCCUUGGGAAGAUUGGAUUCUCUGCUCAAUCAGGCUGGAUUGUGA